AUGUGUGAUACAAAAUGUGAAUGCAUACCUUUGUAAUUAAUCAAAUCUCUUUAAAAAAAACAAAAAAUUUCUGAAAUUGACUUGUAAGGCUGCAAUGUGGAACAUUUAACUUAAUUGAGUUAAAUAAAACAAGAAGUGGAGAAAUUAUAUUUAGCAUCAAAUCGUAUUUAAAAUAUAGAUUAUAUACCAUUAAAUAUUCUCUAUUUAGACAUUUCCAAUAAUAGUAUAGCUCAAGUAGACUAGCUAUAACAAUUACAAAAACUAAAAGUUCUUAGAUGCGGAAAUAAUUUAAUUGAAAAUUUUGAAAUUCAGUUAUCUUAACUUGAAGUUUUGGAUAUAUCAAAUAAUUAUCUAGAUAAAUUACCUAAUAAACUGCCCAAUUUACUAUCUUUGACAAUUUAUGCAAAUUCUUUUAAAAACUAUGAGAAUGAUGCUAAAAUGAAAUACAAAAAGUUAUCUAUAUUAGAUGGUUGUAUUAUUUAGCAAUCAUUAGAAAAUGAAUACAUAAUAAGACUGCAAGAACAACAAUUAGCACAGAAAUUCUAAAUUAAUAUCGAUUAUUUGAAUAAAUGGAGAUAGGAAGUUUUCAAAUAAUUAGUUUAAAAUAAAUAAUAUAAAUUAUUAACUUAGGAUCAUUUUAAAACAAUAAAGUAGUUAUUGUUAAAAAAUUUUGGUUAAAUGAAAUAUUUAUAGAUGAUUGAGAAGAGAACUAGAUAAUUAUAAUAAUUAUAAAAAUAACUAUUUAAGUGCUCUAGCAAAUUAAAAAGAGAAUAAUAGUAAAAGUAACAUGAGUAAUAAUUUUUUGUUUACUCUCUAAAGCAUUUAUUAGAGGAAGAAAUUGAAGAUGAAAAAUUAGACAUUUUGAUAAAAAAAUGCUCAGAAUAUAUAACUAAAAUGAAACAACAAAAUUUAGCAAUGUAAAUUUAGAUGCAGGGAAUUUAAUAAGAAAAUGAACAUUUGAAAGCCCAAGUAGACCAUUUUAAAUAAAUGUAUAAUUAAAUAAGUAAUUUUAUUGAUUUAAUAUGUAAUAGAACAAAUAAAUCUUAAGAAUGAGGAUUAAAAUAAUUAAGAUAAAAGCAAGGGUUUUGUAAAUUUGUAUACUUAGAUUAAAAAUUUAGAAGAGGAGAAAUUAAAAUUAUAAUUUGAAUUAAAUAGUUGUUAAGAAAGAUAGAAUGUGGAAAUUCUUCAUAUUAAAGCAUAAUUAGAAUAGUAAAUAGCUUUAUUGGGUUAAGAGAAUUAGUUUUUGAAAUAAAAGUUUAAUUUAUAAUAGGAGGAGAUUAAGAUUAAAAUGGAUUAAAUUUCUUCAUAAUAUGAAAAACAAAUAUAAUUAUAAAAUUCUGAGCAUUAAUCUUAGUGUGAUAAAAUAAGAGUAGACUAUUAAUAGAUUAUUGAUAAUUACGUUCUUAAGGAUCAAUAAAAAAAUUCAGAUAUAUUGAAGUUGAGAGACUUAUAAAACGAUUUAGAAUUAUAAAUAAGAUAAAAUAGAUAGGAGAGUGAUUUCAGUUAAAGAGAAUAUUCAAAUUAAAUUAAAGAAUUACAAUUAUAGAUGAGAUAAUAUAAAGAAAAAAUAAUAGAUCAAGAAAAUUUAAUAUUACAAUUAAAAUAGGAUUUAUAAAAGUAAUAAGAAGAUGUCUAAAAACAAUUAGAAUAAGCUAAUCUUGAGUAAUAGGAAAUUUAAAAUUAAUUAUAAAAAACAAUAUUUGAUUAGAGUAACGAAAUUUAGGAAUAGAAAGCAUCUAAAAAUAAAUUAUCAAAAUAAAAUAUGGAUUUAUUAAAAAUGAUAGAAAUGAAAGAUGGAGUAAUUCGAUAAUUAACUCUUGAAUAAACAAAGAAAAUUGAUACUAAAUAAUUUUAAGUUUCUUUAGACUAAAAAUAUCAAACCAUACCUGAUUAAAAAUUUACGACUCUUUUAAAUUGUAGUGAAUAAAAAAAACCAAUUUUAGCUGCUCAAACUGAUUUAGAAAGAAAAGCUCUAUAAAUAUUAUAAGAUGAUGAUUAUUGA